UUUCUCAAUAAAGUUCCUGAUGCGGUUUAAUUUGUAAACGUAUUAUGAUUACAUCUUGUGAUCUAUGUGUUUUGAGAUUUUUUAUUUAUUUAAUAUUGCUUAAUAAACAUUUGUUUUAACAUUACAUUUUGUGGUAUAAACUUAAUUCAAGUUGGUUAUCAUAAUAGAUAUCUACAUUUUUAACUGCUAGAAGGAAAACAUCAAAAUGGGAGUUUGUUUUUUGUGUGACUCAAAAUUAUAUGGUGAACGAACACGUGUAUGCUCCAGCAUCACACCACAUAGUAAUGUACCUUACCCAGAAAAAAUAGCAGAACUUAUGGGAGAAGAAUUUGUAGUAAUUGUAACUCCAGCUGAUCAUAUGUGUAAGCGUUGCACAUCACUUUUAACUCACAUGGAUAAACUUGAAAAUGAUCUGAAAUUAGUAAAAAAUGCUAUGUUGUCAUAUAUUCAAAAAAAGUAUGGUAUUUUACCUCCUGAUCAACCAGUUAAGGCACUUGACAUUGUUAAUGGUCAUUUAAAAACCGACGAGUUGGAAAUUGGUCAAAGAAAAGUCCCUAGUGGAUUAACAAUUAGGGAUAAUUCAGUAAGCACUCCAUUAAAAAUGUUGAAAACUCAACAGUCUGAUAGUGCAUCCAAAAUGAAGAUUUAUAAAUGUGGUUUCUGCUCAUUUCAAUCCAAAGAACUUGGACAUGUUAGAUUUCACAUGCGCACUCACAUGAAUAAAAAAGGAGAUGGAGAUAAAGCAAACCAAAAUGUUAAUAAAACAUUAACUCCUGCGACUCAACAAAAGAAGCGAUUAUACAGAUGCCAGGUUUGCUCUACAUCUUUUGAUAGUAGAGUAAGUUGUCUUGAACAUAUUCAAAAAGAUCAUAAUCAACAAGCAGCUGCUCCUCCUUCGAAUGAACAAAAAUCCGAAGAAAAUCAAUCUGAACCUGCAAAUAAAACAAUCAAACCUGAAACUACUGAAGAAAAAUCUGAUACACCAACAAGUAUCACUGAAGGACAAGAAAAAGGAGCUGUUGACACUGAUAUGUUGUUAAAUGAUAAUGUCCCAGCUGAAACGCCAAUGCCUACUGAAAAUAAUGAACAGGCAGAAGAAGGUGGACAAAUACCUGAGAAAGGAGAGGAACCUAUGCAAGUUGAUCAAGAAAAUUCAACAAAUGAACAAAAAGGAGUAGAUGAAGAGAUAGCUACAAUUGGAAGUGAAGAAAAUAAAUCUGGAGACUUAGAUAUUGAAUCAAUGUUAGCUGCUAUACAUAAUGAUGCACCGCCAACAGUUGAUGGAGAAACUCAAAAUAUAGUUUAAUUUUUUUUAUUGAUUAAGAUUACAUUGCCUUAUAUUGGAAAUUAUUGGAUAUUAUCUAUUCAAACUAAAGUUUUAAUUAAUAACCUUAUUAUUUCAUUAAUUUUAUGUAAUUAUAAUUAGAGUGCUUUGUGUGACAAUUCAAUAUUUUAUAUAUUAAAUGUGCAAAAAAGUACACAACAAAUGCAAUUUCUUUGAAUUUAAAUCAACAAUUAUAUUGUAAAAGGAAACUAUAAGAAAUAAAAAGAAACCAUAAAAGUUUAAGUAA